UGGUGGCAUUUUUCACUUUCUUCUUCCUCAUCCUCUCUUUCCUCCUGUUAUAAAUAUUCUUAAUUGCUAGACAAAGAAAGGGAAAGAGAAAUGUCUCUGAAUGAUUAAAAAAUAAUAAUAAUAAAAAAAUUGAAUCCUAAACCCAGAACCACCACAAUUCACGUAUAAGAUUGAAUUUUCUUUUCAUAAUCUUUGAUCGUUCUUUCCUCUCUUUUCCUGUCAGUUUCGUACCUUCCGAACACUCUCAAACCAUCAAAUUUUACUUAGGGUUUUCUACUUAACUGUUUCUUUUAUAGUGGUUUUGCAUGGAUUCGGAGGAUGAUAUGAUGGAUGCUAACGAUGUUGAGUCGGUUGAUGAUGAUUUCUACAGCGGUGAUAUGGGGGACGAUUGCUACAGCGAUGGCGAUGGCAAUGUUGAGGAUGAUAAUGAGGAUGAUGAUGAUGAUGAUGGCCCUGACUAUGACUUCAUGGCCGAGGCUGCUGAUGAUCUUGAUGAUGUGGCGUUGAGUCGGUCACAGUUAAGCUUCACCAUCUUGAAGGAAGCAGAUAUACAACAACGUCAGGAGGAUGAUAUUAUAAGAGUGUCCACUGUCCUUUCCAUAUCAAGAUCUGAUGCAAGCAUUUUACUUCGUCAUUAUAAUUGGAGUGUUAGUAAAGUUCAUGAUGAAUGGUUUGCUGAUGAAGAGGCAGUUCGAAAAUCUGUUGGGUUGCUGGACAAGCCAGUAGUUCAAUUUCCAAAUGCUAGGGAACUUACUUGUGGGAUAUGUUUUGAAUCCUUUCCUCGCAACAAGAUUACUUCAGCUGCUUGUGGCCAUCCCUUUUGUAGCACUUGUUGGUCAGGUUACAUUGGUACAACCAUUAAUGAUGGUCCUGGAUGUUUAACACUAAGAUGCCCCGAUCCAUCUUGUCGAGCUGCUAUUGGUCAAGACAUGAUCAACUUAUUAGCGUCUGAUGAAGAUAAGGAUAAGUAUUGUCGUUAUCUUCUUAGAUCCUACAUUGAAGACAACAGGAAGACCAAGUGGUGUCCUGCACCAGGAUGUGAAUAUGCUGUUGAUUUUGCUGCUGGUGGUGGAAGUUUUGAUGUGUCCUGCCUCUGUUCAUAUAGCUUUUGCUGGAAUUGCACAGAGGAAGCUCACCGUCCUGUGGACUGUGAAACUGUUUCAAAGUGGAUUUUGAAGAACAGUGCUGAGUCUGAAAACAUGAAUUGGAUACUUGCCAACUCCAAGCCUUGUCCAAAGUGCAAGCGACCGAUUGAAAAAAACCAAGGGUGUAUGCAUAUGACUUGCACGCCACCUUGUAAAUUUGAGUUUUGCUGGCUAUGCCUUGGUGCAUGGUCAGAUCAUGGUGAGAGGACUGGUGGUUUCUAUGCUUGCAAUCGCUAUGAGGCAGCUAAGCAAGAGGGAGCGUACGAUGAAGCAGAGAGGAGGAGAGAAAUGGCAAAAAAUUCUUUGGAGAGGUAUACUCAUUAUUAUGAACGAUGGGCAAGCAAUCAAACGUCAAGGCAAAAAGCUCUUGCAGAUUUACAUCAAAUGCAAACUGUAUAUCUUGAGAAACUCAGUGACAUACAUUGCACACCCGAGUCUCAGCUCAAGUUCAUUGCAGAAGCCUGGCUUCAGAUAGUUGAAUGCAGACGAGUUCUGAAAUGGACCUAUGCAUAUGGGUACUACUUACCUGAGCAUGAGCAUGCCAAGAGACAGUUUUUCGAAUACUUGCAAGGUGAAGCUGAGUCUGGCCUGGAAAGGCUUCAUCAGUGUGCAGAGAAGGAACUACAACAGUUCCUCAAUGCUGAUGGCCCGUCGAAGGAAUUUGAUGAUUUCCGAACAAAGUUAGCUGGGCUGACAAGUGUUACAAAAAAUUACUUUGAGAAUCUGGUUAGAGCAUUGGAGAAUGGUCUAGCAGAUGUGGACUCUCAUGGUGCCUGUAGCAAGACAACAGGCUUAAAAAAUGCAGGAGGUGUUGGCAAGGGAAAAGGAGGAAGGGGGAAAGGAAACAGUAAACUUGGCGAUUCCAGCAGAAGCACGGAUGAUUAAUCUAGCUCUUGCCAUGGCCAAUUUAACCACCAUGUGCCAGGUAUGCUGCUGCUGCUGCUGCUGCAACUGUUUAAACUUCUAAUUCCUUUUGUUGGUGGGAUCUACCUACUUCUCUAAGGUAGGUUAAACUAAUAGGAUGAUUCUGGAGGAUUCUUUGUAUGUAAUGUAUGGUGGCUCAUCUUUUUGUGGGGCUCUUCAAUGUGUGAAUUGUAAUUAGAUGUCAAAGAAGGAUUGAUGAAAAAAAAUUGGAAAACCUCUUUCCGAACCCUUGUGUGUUUGAAGGGAAGCACCAAGUGUGGUGUGUUGUAUAUAGUUCUAUCAAUUAAAAGAUCAAGGUUCUGCAUC